AUAAGACUUACCUUACAGGCGGUUGCGUUCCUGUUCCUAACAGGAGAAUCGUGGCGAUUGUUGCCGACGAGACUGACUGGUAUACGAUUAAUUGCAAGGAAUAUUGCCCUCUCCACUUCCAUACAGGUUCUUCUAGGAUAUGAGACUAUUCUGCGUCAAGAGUCUAGCAUCCCGCAGCGCUACACACAAACCACGCAACCAUGGCAAGCGAUGAUGAAGCUACCUGCGAAGUCUGUGCAACCAUUCUUGAAAUCUACGGGGCCGAGUUCGAGGAAUGGGAUGACGAGGUACUAGGAGAGGUCUCGGCUGUCCUCGAUGGCGACUGUCCCCAUACCGACUCCAUUCGACGUGCCGCCAACUUUGACAGGCCGGUCUCAGACUAUCCCGACCGUCUCUUGGCCAUUAAGAAAGAAUCCAACCAGACUGCCGCUCGACUAGGCCUCGCCGAAGUCACUCCAGAGGGAGACAUUGUGUUUGACAAUGUUUCUACGACGCCCAUGGAGCUCGUAUUCCGCAAUGACCAGCCAUUUCAUCCUGGGCGUGGCAUCUUGCCAGACCCACACUGGAUUGAUUUGAAUACCGUCCUUGGCUGGGCUUCAAGAUGUGAACGUGAGCAUGGGGCCAAAUGCAACGAGCCACGUUGGUUCAAAGGAGUUGAGGCAGUCGAUCCCGAAUGGCUCGUUGAUGUCGUUCAAGGCUGCGUGGUCUCAUCUCCAGCCAAGGGAACAAAAUACACAGCCUUAUCAUACACCUGGGGACAAUGUCGUUAUCGCAAGAAUACAGAAGAUAUGCUGAAGGAGUUGCAGCAACCGGGCAUACUGAGCACCGGGGAAUUUGCAUCACAGCUUCCGCCAACAAUUCGCAACACGAUGGAUCUUGUCAGAAGCCUGGGGCAGAGGUACAUCUGGAUCGACGCCCUCUGUAUAAUACAGGACGACUUGGAGAGUCUCACGCAAAAUCUGAACCAGAUGCAGUUGAUCUACGCGAACGCCACGUUUUGCAUCAUGGGAGCCACUGGAUCGGGGGCUGACUUUGGCCUCCGAGGGCUCAAGGGAGUCUCCCAUCCAAGAGAUCUCGAGCUUCGCAUCUACGAGCUGGCCGACGGAGACAAACUUGCAGCCGGAUCCUUGUCACUUGACCCAUCUUCAGGAACGAAGCAUUCCUACUUCCAGCGAUCCUGGACUUUUCAAGAGUGGCUAUUCUCCCGACGGCGCAUCGUGUUCAACCACGGUCCCCUGAUGUGGCAGUGCCAGUGUGCUCAGUGGUACGAACACCUCGAGAUUAAUCCACUGGCUGAUGAUAAAUGGACAUCACUCGCACAAGAGAAAUUCGGCCCGUCUCCGAGUGUCUGGAACUUGAUGCCAACGGUUUCGGCGUUCAAUACUAAGGCUCUCACUCUUGCCGACGAUGCCCCGAAAGCGUUUGCAGGAAUCCAAGCCAUGCUUCACAGAGUUCAUCCUGGAGGAGUCUUGUUCGGGCUCUGUGAAUUCUUCUUUGAUAUCUUCUUGGCCUGGUCUUCUCUCUAUGCCGAUAUUGAACGAAGGUCCACACGUGAUCCAGGUACAGGCCAACAAAAUGGACUUCCGAGUUGGUCAUGGAUCGGCUGGCAAGGAGACAUAUCAUUUCCCUAUGACGCCGAGUUUCGAUCCAUACAACCAUGGCACUAUCAUGAGCAAAAGGUUGGAUUUCGACAGCCAAUCACCCAGUGGUUCACCAUGGGAUCUCCUCAAGCAACUAGUAGGCGGAAAAUCAGGUCGCAGUGGCACAAGUAUAAGACGAACGCCUCGAAUGGCGCACAAUCGGAGACACUGGAAGGGUGGAACAAAAGGCCUUAUGAUCAGCACCGCCAAGUCCAGGGUUUCAAAGCGCCAGGAAGCGAGCCGGAAUACGUCUAUGCUCACAUAUCAGACCCCGUCCAAGAGUUUAAAUACCAGGUACCCGUACUCCAAUGGGCGGCGAAUAUUACGCUGAGCGAGCAAACACAAUAUCUUUUCUGCGAGACAAGUCGCGUGCGCGUGGAAAUCACCCAAGAUAACAUCAUCUCGGGUGUCCAAGACUACGAUCGACGCGUUCAGAUCAAACACAAAAAUACCGCCGUGAUUUCUCUUACGAUGCCUAGUUUAAGACUUGCUGAAGAGUUCCUGGCUCAGAGUAGAGGAACGACUCUUGAACUCGUUGCAUUUGCUAAAGGCUGGUCGACUUGGCUCGGUGACGAUGUAUUACGAGAGGUAGAUACGACUGAGCAGCAUGAUAAAAAGAGCUAUUUGAGGACUCCUGGUAUGAAUGCACUGGAUUGCUACUUUGUUCUCUUGGUAGAGACGGUCAAUGGUAUAUCAUAUCGGCGAGCAAAUGGAGAGGCUCUGGAAAGCUGGUGGGAUUAUGGUAAGGGAUCUCAGCUUGCUCAAGUAAUAUUAGGCUAGCCUGCUAGGCUAUCAAGACUAG